GCUUUAAUUCUCUGAUACUCGCAGGGCUAUUGUGCAUAAGAUCCCGAAAACCAAUAUAUCCAGUUCGCUGCCUAUCCUUGUGCCCUCGCCGUCGCAGCCGCCGCCCAACCGUCGCGCCCGCGAACUCCUCACGAGAGAAUUUUUGGGUCCUGAUCCGAGGAGAGGAGAUGUCGGACAGCGAAGAGCACCAGUUCGAGUCGAAGGCAGACGCCGGCGCUUCCAAGACCUACCCGCAGCAGGCCGGCACCAUUCGCAAGAACGGCUACAUCGUCAUCAAGAACCGCCCCUGCAAGGUUGUGGAGGUUUCAACAUCUAAAACCGGGAAGCAUGGUCAUGCCAAGUGCCACUUUGUUGCUAUUGACAUCUUCACCGGCAAGAAACUUGAAGAUAUUGUGCCAUCUUCUCACAACUGUGAUGUUCCUCAUGUGAAUCGCACAGAAUACCAGCUCAUUGAUAUAUCUGAGGAUGGAUUUGUGAGUCUGCUGACUGAUAAUGGUAACACCAAAGAUGACCUCAAGCUCCCAACUGAUGAAACCCUCCUUGGCCAGAUCAAGGAUGGGUUUGCUGAAGGGAAGGACCUGGUGGUGUCUGUCAUGUCCGCCAUGGGAGAGGAGCAGAUUAAUGCGCUCAAGGACAUCGGCCCCAAGUAAUCAGCCCGUUAGCCAUGGGAUGCACUAUUUUCUCAAGUGUCGUUCAUUUGUGUCUGCCGGUUAAGAUGGAUUUGGGUGUCACAGCCAUUGAGGAAUUUUACCUUUUUGCAGAACUAAGUUGUCAGUGUUUGGUUGAUUUGUAGUCCUAAAUUCAUGGGUGAUUGUAUCCUAAAACGUCGCCCCGGGGUUUUAUUGACCCCUCUUGACUAUUGGUGUUGCUGGUGUUGCAGUGUGGAGGUAAUCAGUACGUCUUUUCAGGAUGCUAUAAAUUGAGCAACACCCCGCCGUGUUGUGUUUUUACUA